AUGAAAUUUGAUGAGAAAGAUAGUGUUUCUGGGGUCCAACAAUUGAAAUCUUCGGUGCAAAAAAGUAUCCGGUCUAAAUUAUUAGAAUUAUAUCCGUAUCUUGAAAGUCAUAUUGAUCAAAUAAUCCCAAAAAAAGAUUCUUUCCGACUCGUCAAAUGUCACGAUCAUAUUGAAAUUAUGGUAAAUGAUCCAUUUUUCUUGCCAGUAGAGCAAGUUGACAAAGGCGCAAUAAAAUUUGUUCUCAGUGGAGCUAAUAUUAUGUGUCCUGGUCUGACAUCAAAGGGAGCAAAAAUGACUCAAGUGUCAAAGGGAACUGCUGUUAUGGCGGAAGGAAAGCAACAUGCUUUAGCCGUAGGUGUGACUACACUAUCAACUGAAGACAUAGCGAAAAUAAACAAAGGCGUUGGUGUAGAAAAUUGUCAUUAUCUAAACGAUGAUAGUAUCGAAUUUAAUAAAUCAGAAACAGUAAAAAAUGCUUAUUUAGCAUCUCCUUGUCCAUCACCUUGA